CUCGUUUAUCUUUUUUCGUCAAAAAGUUUUUUAUUGUACUUUAAUAAUCAGUUACACACUUUCUGUAUAAAACAUUUUAUAAUAAACGUGCCCAUUCAUUAAAACUUGGCUCUCUUUUUAAAGUGGGCGAAACCAACGGGCGAAACUAAAGUUCACUUUAGGGGGAAUGCCCAGGAAAUGUUUGUUGACUUGUAUAAGCAGUAAGAACUGUAUAUAGAAAGUGUGAAAUCAGUCACUAUAACCAAUCGCAUAGUUACGGGGUUGCAUGGUUGUCUGGCAACCUUGUUGUGUGUAACUUGCUGUGUUGUAUAGGUAUAUGAGGAAGAAUGUUUCAUAGCAUCGAAAAUGUCCUUUAUACUAAUAGUACAAUACAGAACUAUGGAAACUUGAGACAAGAAUAGAAAGAGCUAACUAGAAGGUGCAAAACAAUAGUAAACAUAUCCUCCUUUUGUUUAAACACACCCCUCUUGUGCACCUUGAUUGAUGAAAACCUUUAGAAGGAAUGCAAAGUAAACAUCACAACGGUUUAUGACCCUUGUAUUUGAUUUGUCAUUGGACUACAGUAGAAGAGAAAGUUCUUUUUCUGCCCUGCUAAUUAACCCUUACACAUCACCUAUCCCUUCAAUGUUUUAUGUUCACAAGGUUUUAAAAAGGGAUUUGUAACCUUUAUUGGUUGAUUGACUAUUUCUAAUCAUGGAAGAAAUGUUGAUAUCCAUCAGUGGAACAAGUUUUUUAGAAGAAAGAUCACACAAAAUCAACCAUGGAUCAGAUCUUCUUCAAUUCAUCAACACAUCAAGAGAGGACGGUCAUUUUAAUGAUGUCAUGAUUUGUGUGGAUGGAAAGAAUAUACCUGCAAGCAAGAUGGUUCUUUCUUGCUUUUCAAAGUAUUUUCACAAAAUGUUCACAACUGAGAUGAAGGAAAAGUAUAAAGAUUGUGUUGAAGUUAAUGGUGUAGAUGUGAAAAGCAUGAACGAUCUUGUUCAGUUCAUGUACACAGGAGAGAUCAGCAUUAAUAUGGACAAUGUUUGCUAUCUUCUUGCAGUUACUGAUUACCUGCAAAUGCAAUCGGUUAAAGAACUUUGCAUCCAAUAUUUAAUGGAUGCAACAUCUCCACAAAACUGUUUUACGAUUCGAGUUUUGACCGAAUGCUUCAACAUUCCUGUGUUGACCGGGAACAACAACAAGUUUAUCAUGGGGAAUUAUCAACAAGUUGUUUCUGAUGAUCACUUCAAAGGGCAAUCUAAAGAGGUUGCCACAAUGUUCCUGCAAGAAACACAUAACCAGGUUUCUUCAGAUUUGGUUUACACUGCUGUUAUGAACUGGGUGAAGUUUGAUUUGGCUACAAACGAAAGUUACUUGAGUGAACUCAUAAAGUUUGUUAAUUUCCAUGAAAUGUCACCUCAGAUGUUAGCAGAUACGGUCUCUGUUGAGCCACUUCUUCGUAAAUCUGAUGCUGAUGUUGAUAGGACUUUAAAAGUCUUUGCUUAUCAGAUGAAGAACUUGAUAUCUCCAGGAAAAUGUUUGAUUUCUCUUGGAGGUACAAGAACUUUAAACAAAGUUAUGAAAUAUGAUUUACGGAGAAAUGAAUGGAGUGAAUUACCUGAUUUACCUGUUGGUCGACGACUGGCAUCAGCUGUUGUUGUUGAUGGUGUUCUAUAUUUUAUUGCUGGGGAUUUGCAAACUGGCGGUAAAGCUACACCCACUAACAUUGUUCACCGAAUGGACUUAAACAACAACGUUUUGCAAUGGGAGAAUGCAGCACCGGUGAUGACAGGGAGAUAUGCUGCUGGUGCUGCUGUUUUAAAUGGCUCAACAUUCUUAUUUGGUGGAAAAACUAUCAAUAACACCACGCUUUCUUCUGGUGAAUGUUAUGUUACUUCACUGAACAAGUGGAUGAAAAUUGCAAAUAUGAAGGAAGGGAAAUCUUAUUUUGCUUUGGUUUCUUUGGAAGAUCGAGUAUAUUCACUCAGUGGAGGAACUUCACCUUCGGUUUUACGUUGUAAUCCUACAUUAGGUAUAUGGGAAAAUGUUUCUUCAAUGCAAAUAGCACGGAGGUUUUUCUCUGCCGUGGUGCUUAAUAAAGCCAUUUAUGCUCUAGGAGGUAAAAGUGUUCAGGAGCAGAGUUUAAAAUCAGUUGAGAAAUACGAUGUUGAUUAUGACACAUGGGUUUAUGUGGCGGAUAUGAACAUGGAGCGACGUUCCUUUGCAGCUUGUGUUGCACAAAACAAGAUUUAUGUAGUGGGAGGGUUGGAUUCCAACAACGAAGUUGUAAAGUCUGUUGAAUGUUACGACCCACAAACAAACAUAUGGAGCAUUGUUUGUGAAACACAUGUGGAAUUGUUCAAUCACUCUCUGGUUGCAGUUUAAAUGCAGAUCAAACGAAACACCAUUUCAUUUCCUAUCAACCUUAUAGUCUUAUUGAGUAAAUCUUUUCAUAUGCGCUUAUAUAAAAUGUUUUAAUAAUUCUUUAUUUUAUUCUCUCUAAUUCUUCACCUUUAUUUGAAUAAACCUAAUUGGAAUUGCUUCAUAACAAUUAACAAGUUGGAAUCCAAUUGUGCUUUGGUUAUGAUAUGACUUUAUUAAUUUGGAAACCUGCUUUAUCCUCGUGAUCUGGAAACUGAUCGUCUUUAAACCUGCUUACGGUUUAUCUCAUAGAUGUAACUUUGGGAGUAAUUGUUUUUUUCUGUAUAGCUGACAAUUUACAAAUUGUUUUUUUUCUGUAUAGCUGACAAUUUACAAAUUGUUUUUUUUCUGUAUAGCUGACAAUUUACAACUCAUUACC